UAUAUUCCACCCAUCAGAAUCUUUCUUGUGAGGCUUUAAAAAAAAUUUGUUGAGAAAAAUUGUUGAGAGAGUUGUGAGGCAAUACAUACAAUGGCGAUGAUAGUGGAUGCUUUUGCUGGAAAGCUGGUGGAGAGGCUGGCUAAUGUCAUUGAAGAGAAGGCCAUCAUGGUUUUAGGCGUCAAGGAUGAACUCCAAAAGCUUCAGCGAAGGAUGAAGAGGAUCACAUGCGUGCUCAAAGAUGCUGAGAGGAGAAGGAUACAACAAGACGAGGAGGCUGUCAAAUUAUGGGUCAAUGAGCUGAAAGAUUUCAUGUACGAUGCCGAUGACAUCAUUGAUCUUUGCAUAAUACAAGGCACUGGAGUACUCUUGCAAGAUGAUCAUCAUCAUAUUGAUCAGCUGGCUGAGUCAAGUGCUACUGCCUCAACACGGGUACGCUGUUGUAACUUUCCUCUGUUCUCUUGUGUGCGCAGUGUGCCAUUUCAGUAUGAGAUUGCUGAUAAAAUUAAAAGUCUGAAUGAUAGAUUAACUGAGAUAUCUGAGGAUAAGGAUAAGUUUAAUUUCUUAAUUUUUUCUAAAUCAAGUAGUGAUGAUGCAUAUGUCAUGAAUGAAGCUUCUUAUCGCCAAAGUUCCUUCUUACCAGAAUCUGACAUUGUGGGUUGGGAUAUUAGAGAUGCUACUAACAGUUUUGUUGAAUUAUUAGUCUCUCAGUAUCAACAGAAAUGCCGCCUCUUUGCUAUUGUUGGCAUGGGGGGUAUCGGCAAAACCACUCUAGCACAAUUGAUAUAUCAUGAUUCCAAGAUAAAUGAUGAUUUUGUGUUGAAAUCAUGGAUUUGUGUUUCAAAAUUUUACACAUCAAGGGCUGACUUGCUGAAGGAACUCAUAAGAAAUGCUGGAGGUACUUGUGGAGAGGCAGCAACAAUAGCAGAGUUACAAAAAAUACUUUGUGAUGUUUUACAUGGGAAGAACUUAUUUUUGGUUUUGGAUGAUGUUUGGGAUGCAGAUGUAUGGAUUAAUUUAAUCAAAAAUCCAGUUGAGAGAACAACAACAAAAUGCAGGGUAGUGGUUACAACAAGAGAUAGGAACACUGCUAUAAAAAUGGGGGCAAUUCAUAUUCACAAUGUCAAUAAACUACCUUUGAAUUUUGGUUGGGAAUUGCUAUGCAAGAAAGUUUUCACAAAUAAUGAUGAGGGCGAGCUUCAGAGAAUGAAGGAUGUAGGGAUGCAGAUUGUUGAGAAAUUGUGAUGGCCAUCCCCUUGCAAUAAAAGCCAUUACGGGUGUUCUUAUAACAAAAGACCAAAAUAAAAGAGAAUGGGAGAAUGUGCUUAACAGUAAUGCUUGGACUAUUACAGGACUUCCAGAAGAGCUCCAAGGAGCGCUAUACUUGAGCUAUGAAGCCUUACCUUCAGCACUAAAACAUUGUUUCCUUUAUUGCUCCCUCAACCAUCGUGAUUGUGACUUGUUUGAUCAAAAUCUUGUCUGUGAGUGGAUUGCAGAAGGCUUCAUAGAACCAAAUGGAGAUGCAUCAAUGGAGGAUGUCGCGAAAGGCUAUUACAUGGAUCUGAUUAGAAGGAGCUUUUUACAACCUGAUCCUUAUUAUGUUGAUAUGUAUAAAUGUACAAUGCAUGAUUUAUUGCGAGCCCUUGCUAUAUUUUUAACAUGUGGUGAAAGUCUUUCAGGAGAUCCUGAAGCAUCACAAAGCAACGGUUUUAUGAUAAAAUUACGUCGUUUGGCAAUUUCAAGUAACAGGGAGAGUGUGAGCAUUCCACAACUUGAUUACCUGAGAAAUCUACAGUUAUGCACCCCUCCAAGUUUGGCCACACAAAUGAUUGGAAGCUUUAAGCAAUUGCGUUAUUGGUUCUCCAUGGAGUUGGAAUUGAGAACAUCCCCGACAAUUUUGGGGAUUUAGUACACUUAAGGCUUCUUAAUCUGGAACAAACAAAAAUAUGCAAACUACCUGAUUCUUUGGGAAAUCUCAUCAACUUGCAGUUCUUGUUACUUGGUGGUUGUGAGGCUUUGCAUAUCCUUCCAAGAACCAUAACUAGGUUAUGCAAUUUAAGAAGACUUAAUCUUGCCAAGACUCCUGUGAAUUAUGUGCCAAAGGGAAUAGGGAAAUUAGAACAUCUUAAUUAUGUGGCAGGACUUAUUGUUGAAGACACUGUGCAUGAUGAAGGAGAGGGGUGCAACAUGGAAGAUCUACAAAUGCUUAAAAAUCUUCAUUACCUUGAAAUAGACAAGUUAGAGAAAGCAAGUAAAAGUACUGCAGUGCUUUUAAACAAGCCUCGUCUCAAAACUAUUACGCUUAGUUGCACACCUGACAGUGGUGGAUGUAAUCAACAAGAGAUGAACAGGAUCGUACAAGUCUUUGAUGAGCUAUGCCCUCCACCAUGCCUUGAUCGUCUACAAAUUCAUUACUUUUUUGGUGAGAAAUAUCCACAGUGGAUGUCAGCCAAUUCCAUCAGUACAGCUCUUCCAGAACUUACUUCUUUGCAUUUUGUUCAUUGCUCUAACUGGCCUCAGCUUCCCCAACUUGGCCAACUGCCCCAACUCAAGUAUCUAAGGAUCGAGGGGGCAACUUCAGUUAUAUCAAUCGGCUGUGAAUUUCUGGGCAAUGGAAAACUUGCAGCCAGUGCCUUCCCUAAGCUUGAAUACUUAAUGCUCUUGGAAAUGACUAAUUGGGAGCAAUGGUCACUGGUCAGUGGAGAGGAAGACAACGAGAUUGAAUCUAUCAAGAUAAUACACUUCCCCCGUCUCCAGGAAAUUGCCAUUUGUGGCUGCCCCAAGCUGAAAGCUCUUCCAAGAGGCUUGAAUCAUGUGCAAACAUUGCUGAUUAGAGGAGCUCACAGUCUUUCAAGGAUCUCUGAUCUACCUACCUUGAGAGAAUUGCGAGUCAGAGAUUGCCCAAUGUUGGACUGUGUUGAAAAGCUUGAGUCUUUGCAGAGCUUGAAGAUAACUGAUGAAACGGAUGAUCGUCUCCCUAAAUGGCUUAUCUCUUUCCUCCAACAACGCAAAAUGCAUCACAACAAUCGAUUCCAUUUGCAUUUGAAGUGCAGUGCCCAAGCAUUGAAGGGAUGCUUAAAAGGGCGUCCCCAAUAUUGGUGUUUCCUCCAGCAAGUUCCACGCUUGGAAGCCUAUGCAGAGAAUGGAAGCAUGUAUUUAAAGUACACCAAGGAACCAUUUUCCUACCAAACCAACCUUGAUGAAGACACCACACAACUGAUGAGGACUAGGAUGAAAUCUUGAAGUUUAAUGAGAUGUAGGCGUCAUGAUUGGAGUGGUGAGAAAACAUAUUCAACAUCGUCAAAAGGCUUAUGAUGAUGAAUUAGAGAACAGUAGUCCCUUUGACUGGCUCAUCUCUUUUCUCCAACAGCACAAAAAGCCUCAUGACGAUUACUUGUUCUUGCAUUCGGAAUGCAGUGCUCAAACACUAGAGACUGGAGGGAUAUUUGAAAGGGGGGUGCUCACACUGAUUGUUCCUCAGGCAAGCACCUUUUCUUUUAGCCUUAUACAGAGGAUAGAAGCAUGUAUUAAUUUGAAGUGCAUCAAAGUGCCAUAUUCCUACAAAAUCAAUCUUUCCUUGAAGACAUGACUGGCUGCGGAGAUUAGGAGGAUGAAAUCCAUUAUUUGAAUUUGACUUAGACAGUCCAAGAAUGAGUUGUAAAUAUGCAUUACUGGCAGUUUGCCGGUUUGCAUUGAUUUUCACAGGCAAAUUAAUAUGUGGCUUGAUCAUGACUCAAGUGUAUAACAAUUUGAUGGUUCAAAUUACUUGGUUAUUCAACUUGAGAUGAAUUAAGCUUGAAGCAGUUGAAUGAGAUGUGGACAAGUACAAUGACUGGAGGGAAGGUGAAUAAACCUGUUUGUAUGCCAAAUAUGUGACGUUUGAUAUCAAGAAAUGGUAUUUCUUCUUGCUGAUUUCUUUAAUUUACACGGUAAGAUGAGCUUGAAACUUGAUGACCUCCUUGUGCUUGUUACGGUAUAAUAAAUUCAAUUCACAUCAUGAGUUUUGGAGAUUGGUAGAAUAGCAGGACACUUGUUUAAUUAUCGGCUUCCUUCUUUACUUAGUUUUCUGAGCAAGAAUGUAUGACAGUUUCUUAAGGAUUAAUAACAUAGAUGUGUCUUUCUUCUAUAUAUAUAUACUACUGCUCUGAGUAUCUUUGUUUUUUUCUCUUUGAAACUAAUGUAUUAAAACCUACACGUAUCCUUUUUAUUCUUGUGAGUUUGGAUCCAAAUAUGGGCUGUCAAUAAUGAAAUGAAUAUUUUAUAUUGAACAACACGGACAACUAGGAGGUAUGAUAUAUGUGCAACUACGUAAGCGAUGGCACAUUUCCUUUGCUACAAUUUAAGCUGAUCAAUGGAAAUGAAUCCUAUGCUAAGGCACAUGAUCAAGACCAAGACAGAGCUCACCAACAAAGAGGCAGACACAUAUUGAGGAUGACCGAGAUAAUGAGAUGUUAGAACAACAUUAAAACUUGCAAGCAUACUGAGUUUGAAUUCAACCGGAGUCUUGCUGGCAUGGAUUAUAUGCCAAAUAGCAUCUGAGGAAAGAGCAUUGAGCUGCAGUUUUGAUCUAUACCAUUAGAUAAUGCAAAAAUAGGGGAGUUAAAUUGUAUUAAUUUGAAAUUUUGAAGUGCAUCAAAGAGCCAUAUUCCUAUGGAAACCAAUCUUUUCUUGAAGACAUGACUGGCUGUGGAGAUUAGGAGGAUGAAAUUUGUUGUUUCAAUUUGACUUGGACCUUUCAAGAAUGAGUUGUGAACAUGCAUUACUGGCAAAUUGAUAUGUGGCUUGAUAACGACUCAAGCAUAUAACAAUUUCAUGGUUCAAGUUAAUUACUUUGUUAUUCAACUUGAUUUGAAAUAAGCUUGAAGCAGUUGAAUGAGAUGUAGACAAGUACAAUGACUGGGACAACUAGGAGGUAUGAUAUAUGAGCAACUGCAUAAGCUAUGGCGUAUUUCCUUCGCUACAAUUCAAACCAAUCGAUGGAAAUGAAUCCUAUGCUAACGCACAUGAUCAAGACCAAGACGAAGCUCAUCGAUAAAGAAGCAAACACAUAUAUUGAGGAUGACCGAGAUAAUGAGAUGUAGAACAACAUUAAAAACUUGCAUGCAUAUUGAGUUUGAAUUCAACUGAGUCUUGCUGGUAUAUAUGGAUGACAUGCCAAAUAGCAUAUGAGGGAAGAGGAUUUUACUGCAGUUUUGAUUUUUACCAUUAGAUAAUGCAAAAAUAGGGGGAGUUAAAUUGUUUUAUGUCCAUCAGUUUUAAUCUGGAUGCCUAUUUCUACUUGUAUCUUAUCUUGUAAUUAUGUCUUUGUACUUCCAUCAAGGGGAUUAUCAAACAGUUUUAAUCUCUUUGCUAGAGGUUGUAAUUUUAAGAUGCCAACAACCACACAUAUGUACUCUUAUCAUAGCAGAGAUUGAAACUUUAAAUCAUUUAUUCAUCCA